AUGGCAGGUACAUUUCCCUUGGCCGUGGUUCAGGCCCUUAUGGCCCUGUCCGCCCUCGCCGUGGUGUAUGUCAUAGCGAGACGGGCCGUUAGCCUAUCGCCGGAUUGGAAGACCGGGAAGCCCGUCGUCGGGACCCGGAAUCAAUGGUUCUUAUGGGAACGAGCGGCAGUGCGCUCGUUUAGCCUGUCGAAGCAGUGGUGUUUCGAGGGAUAUGCAAAGUACUGCAAAGCCAACUCUCCGUUCAUCAUUCCCUGCAUUGAGCGCGGACCAGUGGUCAUCGUCCCGCCAAAGCAGAUCAAGAAGGUGUAUGGGCUCCCCGAAAAUGUUAUAGACAUGUGGAACACCUCAAACGACACCAUCCAGUCAAAAUACACGAUCUCGGACCAGGACAUUGUCAACCACCCCUUCCAGAUCAAUGUCAUCCGCAACCAGGUGACACGGAAUCUGGAUAUCUUGACUCCUGCCAUAUCCACCGAGCUUGAGGCGGCGUUUGAACGAUUGUGGGGUACUGGGGAUGAGUGGAGGGAGUUCCGGACUUGGGAGAAUUGUCUGGAGUUGAUCGCGGGGGCGUCUAAUGCUGCGUUUUGUGGUGCUCCUCUGUGUCACGAUGCCGUUUUUUUGAAGAGUCUUAAAGAUCAUGGCAUGAUUACAUUCCUCGGCGCUCUCAUGAUUAGCGGAACGCCACGCCUGUUCAAGCCAGUCACUGGGACGCUCAUCGGCUGGGCUUGCGAGUUCAUGUUUCAUCGCACCAAGAAACUCUGCAUGCCAUUCAUCAAGGAGAGACUUGCUAAUACGGCGAGAGCAAAGGAGGACCCGAGCUUCUGCUGGACGGCCCCUAGAGAUGGCUUGCAGUGGAUCAUAGAAGAAGCCUACGGGACCAAAAGCCCAGCCCAACUCGACCCCGUGCGCAUCACCCGUCGCCUACUCUACGUGAACGACAUCUCUCUGCAUUCGACCAGCUUUACCGUGCAGAACCUCAUCCCGGACAUCUACAACUACCACGAGCGCGAGAGUCUUGUAGAGGCCUUACGAGAGGAGUGCUCCACUGUCCUUCAGGAGGCCGGGGGUGUUUGGACUCGCGAUGCCGUCCAGAAGCUCAAGCUUGUCGACGCGACCAUCCGAGAGUCGAUGAGGCUGACCCCGUUUGCGUCCAUUGCGCUUCCUCGAACUGUCAUCGAACCCCACGGCAUCUCCAUGGACAGCCCGCACGGUAAAUUCCACGUCCCCUACGGCACGGUGAUUGCCACCCCCAUCGACCCCAUCCACCGCGACGCGGCCAUCUACCCGGACCCCAACCGCUUCGACCCCUUCCGCUUCGCCCAACAGGGCGCCACUCACAGCAGCAGCAGCAGUAGCAAGAACAACCUCCAUGACGGUCUCGAGCUCAACCCCCCCAAUACCGACGCAGAAGCAGAGAAGCAGCACACAGCCACCACCGGUACCAGCAUCAGCACCAGCAGCGGCAACGGCAAGGCCAAGUCCUCGGUCACGCUGGACAACACGUUCCUCGGGUUCGGGUUCGGCAAGCACGCGUGCCCGGGCCGCUUCUUCGCGCUGCACGAGAUGAAGCUCUUUGUGGCGCACAUGGUGCUGCACUACGACGUUGAGUACCUGGGCGCGCGGCCCGAGCUGACCAACAUGGUCUGGCUCAAGGUGCCGUACGACCAGGGGAGGGUGCGGGUGCGGAGGAGGAGGCAGGUCAGGGGCUAA